GGCCCUUCUGUGUCGAUGCAGACUACAAAAGAUCCCUAGAGCAAUGAAGUUGGCGGACGUUAUUACAUGGAGAAAGAAGGCCUCAAGAGAUGUCUGGAUCUGUUGGAGUGUAACAGUGUAGCAGUGGACUACAUUGUCACUGAUCGUCAUCCACAGAUCCAGAAAUAUCUGAGGGAGCGUAAAAUAACACAAUUCUACGAUGUGUGGCAUUUUGAAAAAGGUUUGUCUAAGAAGUUACAAAAAUUGUCAAAACACAAGGACCGUGCAUUGCUGACGAGGUGGAAGCGUAGCAUUAGGAACCAUAUUUAUUGGUGCGCUACUUCAUCCACAUCAGGACCAGAGAAGGUGGCCAAGUGGACUUCAGUGGUGAACCAUCUUCAGAAUGUGCAUGUUCACGACAAUUCUAUUUUUCCGAGGUGUGAACAUCCUGAUCGGGUAUCUAAUGAUCCGAAGAAAUGGUUUGAACUAGGGUCGCUGGCAAUCCACAAGGUUGAAAAAGUCCUAUGCAACAAGAGGGUUCUCAAAGAUGUGGAGAAGCUGAGUCACCAUUUUCAAACUUCAUCACUAGAGGCUUUCCACAGCCUGAUCCUCCGCUUCACACCCAAAAAUGUAGUGUUCCCUUUCAUGGGAAUGUUGUGCAGACUGUACCUUGCAGUACUGCAUCACAAUGAGAAUGCAAACAGAGAACAAGCCACAACCUCAGAAGGAGAGGCCGUGUUCAAAAUGGUCUUCCCCAAGUCCAAAAAGGGAGAAUGCACUGCAAGGCCUUUGAAAACAGAUCCAACAUACGAUUACGUGGAGGAGCUCUUGAGGCUCGUUUUCGAGGAGGUGAUUGUCGACCCCACUCCAUUUGUCGAUCAGUUAAAGACAAUCCCCAUUCCCACAGACCUUUGUUCAGAGUUUGAGAGACCAUCAAAGUAGGAAACAGUUGCCCGCCGUGUCUCCAGAUUCACUCAAGAGGUGGUCGAAAGCCAACAUGCUGACCAGCCGAGUCUGGAAACUCCUGGCGUAUCCGGACUACAACACAGACAGAAUUACAGCUCGGACAUGUCGCCCCAAGUAGCCCCAGCACCAGCUAACAAAGCUGCGAUACGACAGAUGACGAAAUUGCAUAGUCCAAAUACAGAAUAUUUAAUAUUCAUGCCCAAAUUGUAAAUGUGUACAUUGCUAUUUUACAAACUUUUAAAUAUAAAACUUUAUUUCAGAACAAAACUAGGUUCAAUGUCAUCAUUUCUUGAGUGAUGUAGAAACGUAGUAGUUAUAAUAAUUUUAAAAAUAUUGAUCUGUGCCUUAUUGGUCUGUAGUCACUUCUAUAUUAUGUUGUGG